UAAUUUUUACUCUUUGGAUACCUUAUUGUGGUCUUUGAUUACUAACUGUCAAAACAAUGUAUCUAAAUAGUGUUUUUAUUAAUUUUUCCAGGUUUUACUGGUUGGAUAAUAAUGUGCGUCUAUUGAAAUGGAUACGUGGUCCGAUCUUUGCCGCUGUUGUUUGUCUGCCAAUUCCGAAGUGUCACUCUUGGAUUCGGAACAGAAUGUAACUGAGAAGUUUCUUGAAGUAACUACGAUUGAGGUGAAAGAAGAUGAUGGUUUACCGCAGAAGCUGUGUGCUGAUUGUUUCUCUAUAAUGAACACUGCAUAUAAUUUUCGAAAGCAGUGUGUCAAAAUGGACAGUGAGUUACGAAUGCAGCUCAAUGCUGUACUAGAAAAGUAUCAAGAAGCAGAGGAUGACUUUGAUAAUGAUCCUAUCAAACAACUUGAAGCUCUUAUAAAGCAGGAACCGACCGACAGUGACGAUGAUUGCUGCUAUGUUUUGGUUAUUGAUGACAAAGACAAGGAACAUCAAAUAGAAACAUCAAACGUUAAGUUAGAAACAAUAGAGGAUGUACCAAUGGAAGAAGAAACUAAUGACUCCUACUCAAAUCAACAGAGCCAAAGCUCACAAAGUCAGUUUGAAGACUCCAUUGAAUCAUUCCUCAUGUCCAACACCAAAGUAUCUGCUAAUGUACCAGCUACUAUCCUCGAGAACGAGGAGGAGAGCCAAGAAAAUGAAGACUUGGAAGGAGCCAUGAACAUUGAUGAAAGUCAAAACAGCAUGGACAUGGUUCAACAACAUAUUCUAGAAGAAGGUGAAGAAUCACAAGAUCAUGAAAUCAUUGAAACUGUCUCCACUGAUGUUAUCAAAGAACUGCCAAAUUCCAAAAACUUCAUUAAAAUUUUGACUACAACAGAUUCUGAUGGCAAUAUCCUUUUGAAGGGUAAUGACAGGAUCCAGUACUUAACUGAUUCCCAGUUAGUCACCAAUGAAGAUGAAGAUGGUGAUGCAUUAUCACAAGAAGUGAUAUUCUGUGAAGGUGAUGACUCCUCUCAGUUCCAAAUCUUGAAGUAUGAUGGCUCAGAACUGGUCAUAGAGUAUGCAGGUGACAGUCAAAUAGCUACAGUACUGCAACAAGAAGAUGGGACAUUCUUGUGUGAUUGUGGAGAGCAGUUUGAUGACUUGACUGAGUAUGAGAAGCAUCAGUUCAAGCACAACCCUGCAGGCGAGCAUUUAUGUAAUCUGUGUGGUAAAGGUUUUGAGUCAGCAGAAAUACUCACGGGACACAUGUUACUCCAUGGCAGUAGUGGGCUCCUGAUCACAUGCCCUUUCUGUAACCAACUAAUUAGACGCAAUGCAUUGACUCAGCACAUCAAGUAUGGUCACAACAACAUUAAACCUCGUUGUAAUGUUUGUUUAAAGACAUUUGCCAAUCCCAAUAACUUGAAACGUCACAUGAUGAUACACAGUGGCAUCAGGGAAUUUGAGUGUGACAUCUGUUUCAAGAGGUUCCACCAAAAGAUUACAAUGCAAACUCAUAGACUGACUCACUUGAAUCCGUUUGCUUGCAAUCAUUGUGACAAAACAUUUGAUAACAGAACAGCAUUGGCCAAUCACAAAGAGUCUGAUGAUUGCACCAAGUCUAAAGUGAUAAAGGUGAAAGAAGAAUUAAUGAAGACUGUGAAACAAGAAAUUACUACAAAUCUUGGUAAGUUACUGGGGUAUGCUUGUUCGUUGUGCAAGAAAAUGUUUUCAGUUGAAUCUGCUUUGGAGCAGCAUAUAGAAAGCACACAUAUUGUUGAUCCAACAGAACUGUUAUGUUCUGAAUGUGGUGAGGUGCUACCCUCUAAGAAAGACAUGCAAGCUCAUAUAUUGACGCACAAGAACUUGAAGGUUAAGAAUGCAAAGAGGUUUGAGUGCAGAAUUUGUGGGAAAGGAUGUUCGAGCCAGGCAAUGUUGCUGAUGCAUGAGCGAGUACAUACUAAUGAGAGACCGUUCCCUUGCCAACUGUGUUCUUUACGUUUCAAGACAAAAACACAUUUAAGGACUCAUCAGCUAACCCAUACGCGGGAAAAGAAGUUUGGAUGUUCGGUUUGUAUGAAGUUCUUUGCUCUCAAAGGUAAUUUGGUUGUUCAUCUUAGAACACAUACUGGAGAGCGUCCUUAUGUAUGCUCUAUAUGUGAAGAAGCGUUCAUUGACUCUAAAUAUUUGAAAAAACACAAACUAAAGAAACAUGCAAUUGAUAAUGUGCCGUGGAAUCAGUACUAGUAAAACAGUGCAUUUAUAUUGUAGUGUAUAUGUAGAAUUUUCUACUGUGAAAAUAGUCCUUAUUCUCAAAGUUAGUUAAAAUUGCAGAGAAAGAUUUUUUGUUUUGUUUGUGUUUUUCACUUAUGUUUGUGUACUAAGAAUUAAGCUUGUAAGUCAACCAAGCUGGUUAUGUGUUAUUGUCAUACUUAUUUUGUUAAAUCACAAUUUUUGAAAAGCGUAAUACCAAAAAUGUUGAUGUAUAAAGCUGAUAACUGAAUGUUGUCAGUUCACUAAACAUUAAAUAUGAUUUUAGUCCUAACAAUAAUCCAGUCAUGUCACCUUAUUUUAAACACUACUAAAUGCAAAGUGUUGCGCUCUCUACGUACAAAAAAAAAGCGCAGUUGUUCCAAGACAUGAAAAAUAUGUAAAUAAAAACAUAUUCGUAUAGCAAUAUGGUAUAGUCUGUUCAUAGAUAAAUAAUUAGAAUAACAAUGCUCAUGUAAAUAAAACGUUAUGUAUUGUAUGGAUAAAGUUGAAAGUUGUAUGAAAAAAUCUAAUACAGUGAUGUUACAAAAACUAUAAAUAAUAAUAUACAAAUUAUUACUCCUUUUUGGGACAGUUUGUCAAAGAAGCGGCCUUUAUAAGAUACUUAGGUAUAGUAAUUUGCCCUGUGUUCAAUAUGCUCCAAACAAGGUUUUAAGCAAUUACAAAUCUCUAAAAUAAGAAAAGAGAAAUGGUAGAAAAUAACUUUCAAUAUGUAAUUGUUGAAUUUCUAUUCAAAUUUGAUUGAUAAUAAAUGCUUUAAAUAUAGGUAUGUAUAUUGAUAAAGAAUGCAAGUUAUGCCAAUCAAGUCUAAUGUCAAACAUUAGAUACCCAUUUUGUGUAAAUAAUAGCAUAUUUUUUCAACAAAUGCAAAGUUCGAAUUCUGUUUUUUUUUUAGUUUUUAUCACAUGAACUUGUAAGUGUACCUAAUUAUUUGAUUUGUAAAUAUAGUUUUUGCGUAUAUAUGAAAGUUUUAGUUUUUAGAGUAGCGGUUGCAUUUUCUAUGUGUUAUUUUAAACAAGUUUUCGUAAUAAAUUCAUUUUAAUUCACAUUAUAAUACUCGACAUGUAACUUUGCAAGAUUUUGUCACGGUGUGAGUGUGUAUUGUGUAUUUUUUAUUAUUUCUCACUUGUCAUUUUAUACACAAACUCUUUCUUAUUCUUGUGUUAACUUCUUCCUAGACAUGAUUAAAACUAAUUGAAGGCAAUAACCAUACAAUACCAUCACAAACUUAAUAGCCAUCAGUUUUUAUUAUUGUAAGUAUUAAAAUAGGUGUGCAUGGUAUCUUUUGAAUAUCUUCUUUGUAGACACAACACGCCUCUGGCAGUAUAAUCGACAAUAUAUUGGAGACUCGGUUGCCAUACAAGAGAGAAUGAACAUACAGUGGUUCGUGUCGGGUAUUAUAAUACUGGUGGUUCUGGCACCGACUGCGGUGCUACACAAAAAAUGAUUUAAGUAUUUUAUUACCACAUAAAUUGUGAAUUUUCUUCAUUCCAUCAAUAUUCUAAUCACAAUAUCAAAGAUGUGUUGACCAAUGUGUAUGUAUGUUUUAUGCUAGUUUUAAUUGUUUAUUUAUACUACCUAAGGGCAGAUUUUUCAAUCAACAGAUAAUUCUUAACUGUAGGAUAAAAUUGUCAUUUGUAGCUUUUAGUAAGGAAGAAUUGUCGAAUAUUCAAAAUUAUUUCUUCGGUUUAAUUUAUCUAGUGUUCGAAAAAUCGGCCUUAAGUUAUAUCAAUGUACUGAGGCAGUCACAAUGAGAGCUACCGUUUUUCCCUCACCAGUUAACGCCAAUGUUGAAUGAUAUCCUAUUCUGUGUCCAAUCACUAACCUCAAGCUUCAUUAGUAUCAACUGGUGAACCAAAAAACAGUAGCUCUCAUUAAUAGUUAAUGAUGUAACCGCUUUAUCUUCAUCUCUAUUUCACCACCUAUGAAGUAAACUCCUAUAAAAACCAUCGAAAAUUGUCAGAUCUCACAAAUCUUUUAAUUUCAUUAUGGUGCUCCCACACUGCUGUAAAAACAAUGUUAGGUAACAAGAUUUCAAUUUUUUUCAAAUAGAAUCGAGUACUGUCAUCAUAUUUUAGUCACAAUGUAUGAAGCUCAAGAGUUGGUUUGAACGCGCUACUGGUACGAAUUGAAAAAAUAUUUUUCGAGGAAACCUAAUUGUUAUAAAACAUCACGCUACGAUAGUCUAGCAGCGGGUGAACCAUGAGGGGAAUAGUAAUUUUCUGUAAAAUACUCAAAAAAAUAAUGAAAAUUUUUAAUGUUUUAAAACAUUCUUAACAGCAAUGUGGGAGCUAUUUACGACUGAAAAUUACACUUAGGUGGUGAAAUAUUAUAUUAAAUUAAUCACAAAAGUUGUGUUUUAUAAUUAAGUUAACGUAAAACAUUUUCAGCUGAUUUUAUGGUGUGUCAAAUUUAACUACCAUGGGUAGUCUACCAAUCUGGUUUUUUUUGUUUUUGAAGCAACUUGAACAACGAUUAAAAGUAUCAAUUUUAAUUUUA